GUAGCUAGGAUGGCGAGGAUGAUGUGUGGCCGCGCCGGCGAGCCGGCGGUGCGCAAGGGCCCGUGGACGCUGGAGGAGGACCUGAUCCUCGUCGGCUACAUCUCCAAGCACGGGGAAGGCUCUUGGGACAACCUCGCGCGCUCUGCUGGUCUGAACCGGAACGGGAAGAGCUGCAGGCUGCGGUGGCUCAACUACCUGAGGCCGGGGCUGCGGCGCGGCAGCAUCUCGCCGGAGGAGGAGAUGGUCAUCCGGGAGCUCCACGCGAGGCUGGGGAACAAGUGGGCCGAGAUCGCCAAGCACCUCCCCGGCCGGACAGACAACGAGGUCAAGAACUACUGGAGGACCAGGAUACACAAGAAAGCACCCAGCUGCUGCCCGGCCUCCAUGGCGGUGAGCGAGGUGACGACGUCGUCUGUGUCGGCGUCGACGACGAGCCAGGCCAGCUCCACAGUGGGAGACGAGUACACGCAGACGAGCUUCCCUUACCCCGACCUGGGCUGGCCCGCCGCCGACCACCACGACGUGGCCGCCGCAACGACGCGGUUCUUGUCGGAGUUCAGCGAUAACUUCUGGAGCGUCCAGGGCAACUUCUGGGAGGAUCUCCCGCCUUCAGGCCCGGUGUACGAAGCAAUCUCCGGUAGUGGAAGCACUAUAGACCCGGCGUACGAAGCAAUCUCCGGUAGUGGAAGCACUAUAAACCCGUCGCACGGCUGCAACUAG